CAAACAAUAAAGUAUCUGCUUUGGAUCGGACCCUAGGAGAGAUCACUAGAAUACUGGAAAAAGAGGUAUAUACUCUGGAAAACAAUGCAUAUAUGCCCCAGGCAAGAUGUACACAAUUAUUCAAUGGCAGCAUUGUUUGUAAUCACCACAUAUGGAGAAUAGCCCAAGAAUCCAUCAACAGCUGGAGAUACAAAUUACGAAUGUGGCAGAUCAGAUUGCAUUUCAAGCUGCUGGUGGAUUAACAGCCCUUGAACACAUCCUUCAAGCGGUAGUCCCAGCCACAAAUGUGAACACAGUUUUAAGAAUUCCUCCUAAGUCUCUCUGCAAUGCAAUCAAUGUUUACAACCUCACCUGCAAUAACUGUUCAGAAAACUGCACUGAUGUUCUGUUUAGUAACAAGAUUACCUUCUUAAUGGACCUCCUGAUACACCAGUUGACGGUUUAUGUUCCAGAUGAAAAUAAUACUAUUUUGGGAAGAAAUACAAAUAAACAAGUUUUUGAAGGCUUGACAACUGGACUUCUCAAAGCUGGUGCUGUGGUUUUGGGCUGCCUGAUUGCCAAUCGACCAGAUGGAAGCCACCAGCCAGCUUCACCAAAAAUACCAACACAGGAAGUGAAAAACAAACCCUCACAAGGCGAUGCUUUUAACAGUCGAGUUCAGGACCUUAUCAGCUACGUGGUGAACAUGGGUCUGAUUGACAAACUGUGUGCCUGCUUCCUCUCGGUGCAAGGCCCAGUGGAUGAGAAUCCCAAGAUGGCCACAUUUCUGCAGCAUGCCACGGGACUCUUACAUGCUCUGUGCACACUGUGCUUUGCUGUCACUGGAAGGUCAUACAGCAUAUUUGACAAUAAUCGCCAGGAUCCCACAGGGCUGACAGCUGCUCUUCAGGCAACUGACCUGGCUGGAGUUCUUCACAUGCUCUACUGUGUCCUGUUCCAUGGCACCAUCUUGGACCCUAGCACUGCCAGUCCCAAGGAGAGUUACGCCCAGAACACCAUCCAAGUGGCCAUUCACAGUUUACGUUUCUUCAACAGCUUUGCAGCACUUGAUCUGCCUGCUUUUCAGUCUAUUGUAGGGGCAGAGGGCUUGUCCCUUGCAUUCCGGCACAUGGCCAGCUCCCUGCUAGGCCAUUGCAGCCAAGUCUCCUGUGAAAGCCUCCUUCAUGAGGUCAUCGUCUGUGUGGGCUACUUCACUGUCAACCACCCAGAUAACCAGGUGAUCGUGCAGUCCGGCCGCCACCCCACAGUGCUGCAGAAGCUCUGCCAGCUGCCCUUCCAGUAUUUCAGUGACCCACGGCUGAUCAAAGUCCUGUUCCCUUCACUUAUCGCUGCUUGUCACAACAACCAUCAGAACAAGAUCAUUCUGGAGCAAGAGAUGAGCUGCGUUUUACUGGCCACUUUCAUUCAGGACUUUGCACAGACUCCAGGUCAAGCAGAAAACCAGCCUUACCAGCCCAAAAGGAAUUGCCUUGGUUCCCAAGACUAUCUUGAGCUGGCUAACAGAUUUCCUCAGCAGGCCUGGGAAGAAGCUCGACAGUUUUUCUUGAAAAAAGAGAAAAAAUAAAUGUUUUGGUUGAUUCUGUAUUUGAGUACUCUUGUUAAUAUUUUAAUUGUUCAAACAAACAUUCUAACUCUUCCUUAAGAACUCAUUUCCACAUGUUUAUGCUCUCCCUACACUGUAGAUAUGGCAUGUACUUUACACUAUUUAUAAUGACUGUAGAUACUUGAAUGUUCUACUUGCUAAUUUUGCAAGUUGAGUUUAUUUCAUUUAUGCAGAAUAUCUUGGAGUUUGUUAACUUCCAUCUUACAAUAAUAUAUACUUUGCAUUUGUAAUAUGGGUGAAAGUAGACAAAAUUAGCAAGUCUGUUUUGUUCUUGUAAUAAAAUAACUUAUUCUGUUUUCAUUGUUGACUUUUCAUGUUACAGAAAUAAAAUCUGAAAGAAAAAUGUUAACUCCAGCUCUUGAAGUAUCUUAAAUAAAGACUUAAAAGUUUGCCUGCUCA